AUGGACUUGAUACGUCCCCUUGAAGACAGGGUCAAGGCCGCGAGGUCGGGUUCGCGGCUCCAGAAUCGUGCUUGCGAUCAGUGUCGUCGAUCCAAGAGGAGAUGUGACCUCGCAGAAGCUGGACCUGAUGGUCUUCCAAUCCAGCAUGCAGGUUCUUGCAAGCUCUGUGUGCGUAAGAGCCUUCAGUGUACGAUCCACUGGAGCGCGUUGCAGCAGACCGUCAGCUCGAGUCAACAGGAGCUUCGACACAUUUCGCAGACUUCGUCGAGCUACACUGCCCUCCAGGAUCAGCUCUCGACCCAUCAGUAUCUCCCUGCCGGCCUUUCAACCACAUCAAAGAGCUUGAGUGACAAAAUUGAUGGUCUCUACAUCUCCACAAAGCAGCUCUUCACCUAUGUCGCGGCAUGGGAAUGGGUAUGGCAGCAUUUCCUUGGCCCUGGCGCCACACCUGCAGGCGUUGGACUGGGUGCAGCGGUCCAUCCUCGGCGCGGCCUGCUGAGCGCCAGUGCAGCACGCGCAUGGGAUGACAUGAUGGUCGUCAACAAUGUUCCGCACAUCUCUCCCAAUUUCUUCUACAGUACUUUCGUAUGCGACGAAGCAUACAGACCUAGCGGACGCUUCAAGCGUCUUCCGAAGAGGGCAGACGAGAUCUCGAUGCAAGCUUUAAAAUAUGCCAUCGUUGCAUAUGCAAGCCAGUAUGGUUCCCAAAGCCCGGGCGAAUGGCGUGGGGACGAGAGCGAAAGGCUGCGAAGGCACAAAGACACCCAGAUCGCCGAGGCUACAUGGAUGCGGGCGCGUGACUUCCUCAUGGCCCACUCCGUCACCACUUUCCGCAUGGCGUACGCUCUCCACCUCUUCAGCAACACUUGCCCUCCACUGCGCAGCGCCAAAGCCAACUCGGAUGUCGUGCAAGAAACCGUCUUCAUGCUGCAGACCGGACUUCGUAUGAUGGACGACCUCGCAACUGACUUACUGAGACAGCAGGAUGAAGAUCUCUUCGAAAUCGGCUAUCACAAUACGGACGGCGCCAGGAUCGACGAUAAUACGUACUUGAGGUCGGAUCCAAGUUAUAGAGCGUGCGUCGAUCGUGCUCAUGCCCUCAAGGACGUUGCCGAGAAUCUGCUGUGGUAUUCGGCCAUUUGCGACUCGGCAUCGACGAGCGGCUUUGGCAUGCCUCCGGUCGUACGCGGCAGCACAUCCGACAAGGUUGACAUUGACGCUAUGCAAUUGACCGCUGCUAUGCCCGCUGCAUCCAUUUCGGCGUCCAGACACGGUGUGUUGGACGGCUCUUGCUUCCCAUCUUCGAGCUCUAUGGGGUCCAUCCCCGACGUCUCGGCGUCGUUCGAUCAGGAUGGGUUCGGACCGUCGCCUAGCAUCUCUCCCAAUCCAAACCCGACGGGCUACCACGAUCCAGCAAUGUUGGGGCUUGAGCCUGAUUUCAUGAUGCCAGCUGCUGCGAUGGAUGGGGACUUUGGCUCGCUCCAUCGGGACUGGCAGCAACGAGCGGAUCCAAAUGCUUCUACAGUGCACAAUGUCCAAACGUCGUCGAAUAACCAUCAUGGCUCCUCCAGCGCGCUCUCCUCUCCGUUGGACGCAGCAGCGGACAACCCAAAAACGUGGGUUCGGAUUGCGCGGCGAGCGCUUCAGGCUUCGAAAGAGAUCCCAUACAUCCUGUCGAAGUUCGCUGCCGCACCAGGCGAUCCUGCUCGUGUCAAAGAGUUCUUGAACCUGUCGCAAACCGGUGCGUCCACGCAGAUCAUGGUCUGGCAGCGCAAUGGUAACUUCCGUGCCUGCCUCGACGACCCGAACAGUUCGGCUGCCGACCUUGCAGAGAAGUUCCAGCGAACAUGGAGUGCGAUCCUUUUCGUAGAGCAGGUCUUCCAUCCGCUUCUCAACCUUGAUCCGCAUCUAUACGCGCAAAUGCCGGCUUCAGCGCAGUCGAUGGCCAAUCAUUUGAUCGACCAGGUGAGCAUGGGUGCGCUCCUCUUCUUGGAGCUGUGCUGCUUCCUUGAAGGCACACUGUGGCUCCAGAGCUCCAGCGACCCUUCAUGGCCAAGAGCUGCGAGCAUGCUUUGUGCCAAGCUGGAUCAAUCGCGAGAGCUGCGCCACGUAAUCCGUCGCAGGAGUGCACUCCGUAUUGCCAAGUUGCACAACAUGGUCGACAAGCAGGUCGGACGAAUACUGCGCUACGGAGGGUCGCCGCCCCGCGAGACCUACGGUAGCGAGCAUCCAUCUCCAAGUGGAUCAGGCUAUUCGGGACACCGCAAUAGCGACGCUGGCAACAGUGAGGCACCCGAUGCACGCAGCAGCUCUGCUCGUAUUGUGAUUCCCUUACCGCAAGACGAUAUGAUCGUGCCCGCAUUGCAGAUCCAUAGCAGUCGUCAUCCGGUACCGACUCACCUUGCCUGCGCAUUACACAUCUCGUUCUGCGCACUUGUGCCAGAUGCGCUUCAAGAGAUCAGUCAGCAGGGAGCUGCUUCGUCCGUCACCCUUGAUGCACUCGAUUCGGAUCUGCAUGGUUUGCAAGGCAUCCUCGACAGCGUGCUGAGCUUUGGACCUUUCUUUCACCGCGAGCCGAGUCUCGAGACACUAUUCUCGACGAGGAACUGGCUGGCUCCAGACCGUCAGCCGCUCGUCAUGACGCUGCGUUGA